AUGAAAAACCUUAAGCCGAUCGCGAUUCUAACCCUCCUCCCGGCUCCGCUAGCCUCCCUCGUAAUCCCCCUCUUCUACUCAUCGCCCCCACCAUCUCCUACAACGGGCAACCCCUCAGAAAUCACCUCCCCGCCACCAGCUAAAUCCAACAAUUCAAAACGUAAUCCUCUAUCCCCUUCGUCUGUCAUCGACGAAAUCAUCCACCGUGCUCGACCACCAAACGACCCAGGCGCAGACGGCUCACACCCACUUGUUACCGCAAAACCAAAUUCGGCGUUAGAUGGGUUUGAUAUUGAUACAGACGCAUUAAAGAAGGCGAUAUCGGGAGAGGGGAGCGAUGGUGCUCCUGAUCGUGAUGCGGCCGGGCUGCCCGAGAAACCUGCUGGGCUUGAAGAAGUAGAGUUUAAGAAGAAUACUAUACGUUUGUAG